GUUAGAAGAGGACUUACAACCGGGAUAGACUCACAUUUUGACACCUUUUUUUGGGGUGUUUAAACCUGCCCCCCUAAAAUGAACCGGGACAGCCACACCGAGGACACUCUAUCCACGCUGAUGCUGGAUAAUAUUAAGAAUAAGCUUAUACAUGCCUUCAGAGUGACAGGAGAAGGAGCCAGAGGAGAGGGGUGUCAAAGGGGAGCUCGCGCUGGACGUCCCAUCAGCAUCGGCCGCAGUCUCCAGGCGAACGAGGAGCUGAGGAGGGCGCAGAUCGACGGGGCCAUAACUUGGAUCAGGUCUGAGCUGUUGGAGAUGCGGUCCCAGGACUUGCAGCUGGCUCAGACUCUGUUGGGACUGAACAGUGAGAUUCAGAGACUGAGGAGGGAGAGUUUUGGAGGGUCAGACAUCGAAGAGCAACAGUGAAUACACAAGAAUAAAUGUAAUGUGGACUUAUUCAAUUUCAUAUGUCAUUUGAUUCCAUGUGAGUUAAUUGCAAAUACACAGAAUUGCUUUGCAUCUGUGGAAAGCAAUCCUGUGUAUAUAUGAGUUUAAUUUAAAGGCGCAUUAUGUAACUUUUUUGGUGGAGCGUACAGAAGAAGAAGUCAUUGCUUUUCUUGGAAUGUUCCACAGUUUGGCAUUUAACUUUUCUAUCUCACGUUUGUUGAAUUACAGGUGUUUUUUCUGCACAAAGAUAGCAUCAAAACAUACACUCUAACUGGGCUCACGUCUCCACAGAUCUGACCUGUAACUUGGCCUUGUGGCGUCAUUUGCUUGUUUUCAUGGAGAUAAGCUUAGUGUAAUACCAUACUGUGGAACAUUCUUAGACAUAGUGCAUCUUUAAAUCAACAUUUCAUAUUUUUUGUCAGAUUUUUGGACAAUAGCAGUAGGAUUUCACAUGGGCAUUUUCUUUCACUGCAGAACGAUUACAACAAAUGACAAAUCAUCUUGGAAAGAGAGUUUGUUACUGUUUAUACGAGCUUAUAGUUUGUAGUUUUUGUGAGUCCAAAGAUAUUGUUAAAUACAUGGAUACUUUGCAGUGCCAUCACGCAUGUAUGUCUAUAGUGGAAAGCUCAGCAGUUACCACGGUGACGCAAUGCAUACAUUAGCACAUUAGCAAACGUUGUCAAAAAAGUUUUAACAUUGUCAAGUUCUGUCUAAAUCUGCUCUUUAUGCUCAGAUUGUGUUCAAAUAAAGCCCAGAUUAAAGUCUAACUUGAGCAACAGAGCUUCAGACAGAGUAGAACCUCAAGUUAGCUUCACACCCCUAGGUAAUGUUGGUGACAUGAGCUGCAAAGUAUCAAUAAAUAAAACAUGAUUGUAAGUAAUAUGAUUUUUGCCAAUGCACUUAUGCUGAGAAAAGAAGUCAUAGUUGGUUGAAGGCUUGCAACUGUUUUUGUUUUUUUGUUUUUUAAAUAAUAAUUUGUGUGAAGU